CGCUUGACCAUCCUCUUCUGCGGUCGAGACUUUCCUCUCUCGCUGCAUGCCACGCGUUCGAGGAGGCCGACGUGGAACCUGCUGGCGUCGGAUCGAGCUGGGCUCGAGGAGGAGAUGGCGUCACACGCGGUGGAUGUGGUGGUUCCUCUCAUGACGAGGAUCGACGCGAGCCUGGUGGCGACAGCCAGCAGGUCUGGCGUGAAGCUGAUCCAUCAGUUCGGAGCAGGUCUCGAGGGGGUGGACAAGGACGCAGCCGAGCGGCAUGGCGUCGCUGUGAGGAACAUCCCCGCGGGCGAGUCAGCCAACGCCAUUUCUUCGGCAGAGCAUGCGAUCUAUCUGCUCAUGUCGAUCAUGAGGAACCCGAGGGCCAUGCGAGCAUCGCUCGAGGAGAGGCUGCUGGGCCUUCCGGCGGGGACAACCAUUCACUCCAAGAGAGCGCUGGUGGUCGGCUUCGGAGGGCUCGGCCAGGAGAUCACAAGGCGACUGACGUGCCUGGGAGCCGAUGUCGUCGCGUUUCGGUGCGGCGACUGGCCGGCAGGGGAUCGGGCGAUGGUGUCAGGAGCCGGCAGCUUCACCGUUUCGGGGCAAGCGGGACUGGUGGAGAUGGCGAGGGAUCGCGACAUUUUGAUUGUCUGCUGCCCGCUCUCUGCCAACACACUCAACCUCGUCGACCGCUCCGUGCUGCUCGCCCUCAACCCUGGUGCUUUCGUCGUAAACGUGGCAAGGGGAGGCAUCGUGAACCGCAAAGAGCUCUUAGAGCUUGUGAGAGCGAAGAGACUAGGAGGCAUCGGGCUGGACGUGUUUUGG